AUGGAAGUAACAACACUGCGAAAUCACGAUGGAGAGAGCGAAAUGGUCCUUGCGGAUUGCGAUCCAACGAAACGGACCUAUAGAGAAUUGUCCUUCAAAGCUGGAGAUACGCUCCGCGUCGUGGACUACUUUUACUCGAAGGACUGGGCGCUCGCGCUCGACAAAUCCAACACCAUUGGUUUGGUGCAUCAUUACUGGGUGGACAUCGACCCGAUUCCGUGGUUAAUCCCAAAUAUCACCAGAACCAACGCUGAGUUUUAUCUCAAAGACAAGAAAAGGGAGCGUGGAUGUUUCGUGGUUCGGUGCUCGCAGAGCCACGAAGGAUUCUCCCUCUCUAUCAAACUGCGCAACAAAAUCGGCCACAUGCGCGUCCACUGGGACAAGAACAAGGGACACGUUCACAUUUGGAAGAGAAAGUUCCGCACGAUCACUGACCUCGUCGACUACUACCUCACCUAUCCGAUCUUUGGCGAAAUGCGGCUUUUGAUGCCGGACGCGCCGCAGAUCGCAACCAGUCUGUACCCCUUUGAACCCACGGACGACAGCCAACUCUGCCUACAGGAACGCGAGACGAUCCAGAUUCUGGCCUUCAUCGAUCGCGAUUGGUAUUUGGCGAUGAAAGACUUUCGAAAGUCGGGCGGAAUCGGCACCGUCCCGCGAAAAUAUAUCGAGUUUCCUCCACCCGAGGAGACUAUUCACCCACGAAGACAGCUGUCCUCCAAUCUAGAAUAUUUGAAUCAGACCACGAGCGCUAGCAGUACGCAGAGCACCGCCAGCAGCAGCUACUCAGAGUACUCCAGCUCGGCCUCCAGCGACCUAAUCAGCUUCGAAUCGACGGAAAAGCUGAAUACCGUCGUUUCAUGA